UAUCUAUAAGCAACUAAAACAGGAAAGCAAAAUAAAUCUAAAAAAAAAAAAACUUCAAGAGCUAAGCAGCAGCAUCAUAGAGCAAUUUCUGUAGCAAGCUAUCAUCCGGUGCAACUCAUUCGCAAGAGCUCCUCGAGUUAUUCACGCUUCUAUUGGCUAUAAGUUCAGAAGAAGAAGGAGGUCUCAAUAACUUUGAAGCUUCACUUUGUCACCUUGGAUCAUCAUCAUCAUCAUCAUGGCUACCGAGGCUGCUGCUUCUGAUCACACUUCUGUUAUAGCUGAUGAGCAAAUUGUGAAGAAGGAAAAGAACGAAGCCAUUGCAGAAAUGAUAGCUAGUUUAGUGAACGAAGACGGCGAUGACAAAACUGGCAAGACUGAUGAUGCACAAGGUGAAGAAGCAAGCCCUCCAUCCAAGACAGAAGUUGAAGCUGAAGCAAUUGACAAGAGUAUCGACCUUGAGGAAGAGAAGCCUAAUGAUUCUCCAGCUGAUGCGAAACGCCACGAGGUUCCAUCAGGCGAAGAAGACGAGAAGAAGGAUGAUUCUGCUUUGCAAGAUGUGAAUUCGACGAAUAAGGAACUGAUUCCUGAGUCAGUGACUAUAAUUCCCGAAUUGGAAGAGACACCUCCAACGGAACCUGUUGUGAAGAUAGAAAAAGAACAAGAGAAGCAACCAGAGAAAAUUGAUGUUCAGGAAGAUUCAGCUAAUGAGGUCAAAGAAUCUGAGAUUUCGGCUACACAAGUUCAAGAAACACCGAAGAAACUAGAAGAGGAAUCACUUCCAGAGGCAUCAACUGAAACAAUUGAAAAAUCAGAGGUAGCGAAGGAAUCUAAGGUUUUGGAACAAAGUGUUGAGAAGGAAGAGAAACCGGAGGCCGAGCUGGUGGCUACACAAUUGGAUAAGACAGAGGCAGAGGAGGAAACUACUCAAGAAGAACCAGCUGAGCCAGAACAAGAACAAGAGGUAGUGAAAGAGAAACAGAUUCUGGAGCCUAGUACCGAGAAGGAAGAGAAAUCGGAGGCUGAGCUGGUGGCUACACAAUUGGAUAAGCCAGAGCCAGAGGAGGAAACUACUCGAGAAGAACCAGCUGAGCCAGCACAAGAACAAGAGGUAGUGAAAGAGAAACAGAUUCUGGAGCCUAGUGCCGAGAAGGAAGAGAAGCUGGAGCCUGUUACAACCAAAGAAGAAUCACAAGAUGCUGAGAAUCCAAGCACGGUUGAAGAAGAGGAGCAACCAAGAGAAGUCUCAGAAGAAGAGGUGUUAAAGGAUAAGAAUAGCGACGAAGCAGAGUCUGCAGAAACAGAGAAAACAGAACCUCUAGUCACUGAAGUUGAGGAAGCUCCAAAGGAACCAGAAAAGCAAAGUUCUGAGAUAGAGGAAGAAGAGCAGGCAAAUGCGGCUGCAGUUCCAGAACAUUCAGCUGAAACCGUUGAAGAGACAAACAAUUCUGAGAAAGAAGAGAAGCAGGUAAACGCUGAUGCAGUUCCAGAACCUGAGGUAGAGACAUUGGAAGAGACUAACAAUGCCGAAGAAGGUUCUGCGGAAACAGAGAAAGCAGAGCGUCUGCCUACAGGUAAAGUUGAUGAAAACCCAAUCAAACCGGAGAAACAAGAAGAAAAAUCUCAGACGGUUAUCGCUGAAACUGUAGAUGAGGUUCACUCUCCUGAAAAGACUGCGACGGUUAUACCUGAAGAGAGUUUGAAAUUAGAAACAGCAGCAGUGCCUGAGAAAGCAGAUGAAGUGGAGGAAAAACCAAGAGAACUAUCCCAAGUUGAAGAAACUGAAACCAAGCAAGAAGUUUUGGCUGAGAAUACCAAGAAAGAGGACAAAACUAGCGUCACCGCCACAUCAAACGCAGGAGAGACUUAUCAUGAAGAAGAGGUUGCUGAGAAGGUUGUUGAAGAGGAUUGUAGCAAGAAAGAAACCAGCGUUGCGGAUGAGGCGCAAAAUGAAGUGGCUCAAGAUGUGAAACUUGUUGAACAAGUUUCAAGUGACAUUAUAGACGAAGAAAAAGAGAAUCAUGCUCCUGUAACUGCAAGCAUUGCGGAAAAGGUUGAAGAUGUUGCCGCAAAGGAACAAGAACCAGAAGAAGCACUAAUUGCUGUUCCAAGAGAGGCAGAGAUUGAAAUCAACAAGCCAGAAGAACCAACCGACGCGAAAGCGAGUACUACACCUGAAACUGAAUGUAUUGAAGACAAGAAAGAAGUGAAGGCGGAGAGUAAGGUGGAUGAAAUCUCUGCUGCCGUAAAGGAGCCUGUUAGAGAGACACUGGCGUCGAAAUUCGAGCAACAGGAAGAGGAAUCUGCGAAAAAGGAGGAAGAGAUUGAGAGCAAGGAAACAACAUCCAGAGAAGUUCCAAAAGAGGCUCCAGCUAAACCAGUACAGAAGCAAUCAAAUAAUAUCAUAUCAAAGGUGAAACAGUCACUGGUGAAAGCAAAGAAAGCCAUCACUGGAAAAUCUCCAUCCUCCAAGAACCUCAAUUCUGAUGCCAAAGGAGAUAUCAAAGUAAAAUAAUGAAAAUGAGCUUCAUAAGUUUGCAGGGUUCUUUUUUUG